AUGGAUGAGCAAGCCUAUCAAAUAUGGCUACUCUCUAGGCGAAUACGAAAGAAGCUUGACACACCAAGCGAGUGUUAUGACUACGAGGUCUUUCAAAGCAUUGGUACUCCAUUAACUGAGGAUAUAGUGUCAAUAGAUCGGUAUUAUCAAUGCUACAAUAACCAAGGGUCUGAUCUGCUUCCCCAUAUAGAGCCUUAUUUGGCAAAGAAAGUGUCUGAAAUUGAGGCAGAUAACGAGCUUACCGACUCGCAGGAUGAGUUCAUUGCCAAUGUCAAGCGUGAUAGAGAUACAAGGGAGCCAGUAUGGUCGAAUUGGAAGUCCCACCAGCCAGCAGAUAACUUGCUGCCGUCGGAUAUGAAACUAUGCGUGAACUUUACUGUUAGAAAAUACGUGUCAAGGAAAUCUGUGGAAGGUUUCGGUUUUAAGAAUAACUUGAUGCAGAUAUUUGGAGACUAUAUCAUUAUCGGUAGAUCCUCAACAGUUGAAAUACAUAAUAGAGCAUGUUUAACAGCAGCCUCAAAGCUAUUUUAUCUGAAAUUGAGCGAUUGGAGUGCGCAUAUCGAUGAGACUACAAUGACUGAGCAAUUAAAAAUUCCAGAUGCUUUCAUAUCCACAAAUUUGAUGGAUGUGACUAUCAAUUAUAUGAAAAUAUUGGAAAUCAAAGGUGGUUUUUAUCUAUGUCUGUGCUGUGAUUCUGGGAUAGUUCUAUUCUACUCACUGGCAACAAUAGUUAUGUUCAUUGAGGAUAACAAACAUGGUACAAGUAGGAUUGAAAUAGCUCCGUAUAUGGUACUACGAACACCGGUAAGCUGUUGGAGUGCAGAUUCAAUCGAUUAUGAUGGUAGAACCUACAUAGCUCUUGGGCAUAACGGUCCAGGUAUAAGCUUAUUUGUAAUUUCGUAUGAUGAAGAUAAUGUGGUAGUAGGACCCGUACAUUGUAAGGAAGUAAUAACAGUGCACAAUGUGCCUUGUCUUUCAUUUAUUCCUGGUGAAACAAAUACAGAUGGUAGUCUUCUGCUGGUAUAUGCAUCUAUAUUUGGUAAUUUGACAUCUCUAGCUAUAAAAUUCGAUCAAACAAACAAUGAUAUAGACGUCAGUAUGAAAGACACCCAAUUUUUUGGCGAGUUUUGUUGGACAGUAACACCGUUAACUUCAGCGGACUUUAUGGAAGUUAGCGCUUAUGAAUUUUUAAAUCUGAAUUAUCAGAAAGUUUCAAAGGUAUCGACUUUAUCUUCAAUGUGCCAAGAUAGUCAAAUCCUAGGAAAUUCCCCUUCUAAUUGUUAUAAGACGAAAUCAUUUGGUAUCGGGGCACUGACUACACAAGUAAAAGUGCCAGUAUCUCAGUUAGAGUUAAGUUGUAGAUAUGGCAUGGUAAAUUUACCAGUGAAGCUGCGAUUUACAACAUUUGAUAAUGAGGGAUUCAUCCAAGAAGCUCGUUUAUUGCCAAAUUAUAUAUCGGGUAUACCACCGGGGGGUACCAUAGAGUUUUUUUUGCAUAACAACACCGAAGUCCAGUAUAAGGUCGAUGUUCAGUCAGCUCAAAAAGAAAAAGUCAGAUUUAAUUAUGCAUUUCCUGCGCUGUCUAGUGAAACACUGUAUGAGGAUAUAGAAAGAAGGAUUGAAAAAGUAUUGGAUUCUACUACUUUAGAUAAUAACUUGAACUCGAGACAAAAUGACGGAUUCUCACAAUUGUUCAAAGUAAGACAAAAAAGUCAAAUAUGGGGAGAGAAGAAUGGGCUAAAAUAUCAAUAUAAUAGGAACUAUCUGACAACCAUAUAUAACUCGCAUGAUUUGGAAGAACUCUCGCAGCCAUUUUCUCAAGUUUCGAACGAUUAUGUUGUGUUAUGUGCGUCGAGUGUUUUCCAUUCUGGAUAUCGCGGCUCCUGGAAGGAUAUUGCUCCUUAUAAUAUCAAUGAAAUAACCAGCACAGAAAAUGAAGAGAUACCAGAAGACCACAAAUUUUUGCAUCCAUCGCUGUCACUGGCAUCGGCGCAGGAAGGGAAUCAAAGAAAAUGGGGUAUACACAAUCACGUAAAGAAAGUACAUGACUUAUUAAACUGCAUUGAGCCAAACACAAGAAAUUAUCCAAUGGGCUACAAGCUUAAGGAAUUCCAUUCUGGUUUUCUCCUUGUGACUACUGCACAGAAGGUGUAUCUAGUGAAGACACACCCUAUGCUAAUUUUGUCAUACACCUCUGAUGAAAUAUUCCCAUUAGAGUCGAUAACUCUAUGUUCUUUUAAAGGCACAAUUAUGGCUCUCAAUAGGAUCAACUUUGUCUGUCAUAUCAAAGAGAUGAAUUGUAUAGCUGUAGCCUCGCAAGUAGGUCUAAUAUCCUUGCUAAGAUUGACCAAGUAUAAAGGCAUACAUUCCUUUAGACAGGAAUACAUUUUGGGGUGGAAUACAUUGGGUCCCGAGAACGACGACGAAUUCCAAUGCAUAUACUCGAAACUGCAUGGCAGCACGAAUGUUUACUGUGGCAUUGACGAUAUAGACUUCCCGUUCCUUGAGAUCAACGGUAUGGAUUACAUCUAUUGUCCCAGAGACGACGUCAAAGGUGUAGCCGAAUACGCCUAUUUGAUCGUAUCUUUUGGCAGUGACAUAGCUAAAUUCAAAAUAGAUAGGACUCAAGUAUAG